CAUCUGCAAAAAUGAAGCUGGUUCUUUUUGUGAAUCCACUCUUUGUUUGGUCUUCCUUUGCCCGAAAUAAAAUACCUUUAAAUGAAGGAACUAUAACAAUUACAUCUGAAGUACCUUUAACGAGUGAAACAACAACUAGAAUAACUACAACGACCGAAGGAGCUACAACUACAACUGAAAUACCUACGGCGACUGAAGAAACUAUAACAACUACAACUGGAACAACUAUAACUACCGAAGGAGCUACAACUACAACUGAAUUAUCUACAACGACUGGUGGAACUACAACAAGUACACCUGAAAUUACUACAACUACCGAAGGAGCUACAACUGCAACUGAAAUAUCUACAACGACUGGUGGAACUACAACAAGUACACCUGAAAUUACUACAACUACCGAAGGAGCUACAACUGCAACUGAAAUAUCUACAACGACUGGUGGAACUACAACAAGUACAACUGAAAUAACUACAACCACCGAAAGAGCUACAACUGCAACUGAAAUAUCUACAACGACUGGUGGAACUACAACAACUACAACUGAAGUGCCUUUAACGACUGAAGGAACUACAAGUGAAAUAACCCCAACUAUGGAUGCAAAUAUCAUAAAAAGAAGCAUCGAUGCCUCGAUAUAUCGAUAUAAUAAAUUAAAAACAUCAGUACAAGGUUUCCAGUGGAUCUAGCACUUCUUACUACUUUCCACAGGCGUCAUCCACUUGGAGUUGAAGGAGUAUGUAACUAAUACUAUAAUUUUUGUAUUCGAAUAAAAUUAGAGUAACACGUGAU